AUGGCGAGUCUCCGCCGCUUCUUGCACCCCGACGCGCCUCCUCCCACGCCCUGGACGACGGAAAAUCCACCUACGCAGCACCAGAGCGAGUCCUACUACGCGUCUCCAGCCACACACGCGCACAGAGAGCGCGCUGAGACGGCUCCGACGCCGCAGCAGAGCCAAGAGACGGAUGGCGCGUUUUCCGCCUCGAACUCGCGCGUUUCAAGCUUUUCUCGGCGAUUUUUUGAGCGCGCAAGCGGUCGCUCGUCGUCUUCGUCGUCGUCUUCUUCUGGUGGUGACGACGUGGAAGGUGGUCUGAUGACGUCCACAAGCUACUUUCGACCACGCACGAUGGAUGGCUACACUCGGUACCUCGAAGCUGCUUUUAUGGAAGGAAUGCUGGAAAAACAGAGCUCGGAAGACCUCAAGCUCUGGAAAAAGAGAUGGUUUGUCAUGCAAGACAGCAAACUCUUUUAUUACAAGGCAGAGAGUGAUGUGACGGAACAAAAACCAACGGAUCAAGCAUGUUGUGGUGUCAUCUCGAUGGAAAAUAUUGACUCGGUUACAACAGCGAAGGAUUUUGGUGCUGCUGCGUUUCAGAUCCGGAUGGAAAGUAGGCGUUAUGUGCUACGUGCUGAGUCAAAAGAUAUGAUGCACGAGUGGCUGUUUAACUUUCAAAAAUCAAUCGCAAAUAUCGUCUUGGCUCUGUCUCGAACGCAGGCAGAACAUCGACCGAUUGGACUAUGCAACAGUUUAUCGAGAAGACAGAGCAUGCCCCGCGUCAGUCGCAGCGUCUCGUUCGACUAUCAGGACCAGUUUCCCAUUGCAGCCUCUGGCGAUGACCUACAUCGCGGCCGCGCAAGCUGUGGACUUUUUGCGUCAACGAGCUUUUCUGACGAAUCAACAGGUGGUGACGGCUCUUCGUCUUCGCGAGCUAGCCCUCGGCUCGCCACUAGCCCGUUAGGGUUUGGUGGGUUCGGACCACGAAGCCCACUGAUGUUUGCCUUUGAUCCGAUGGAUGACUUGCCGGAGCACCACACUUCUCCAUUACGGCGAAGCUCAAUCGUCGAAGGGAAAGAUGAUAGCUUCGGCUUUGGUGAUGGACGCCUGCACCCCAGAGAUCAGUGGGAGGAUGAAGGCGAGGAAGUCAAAGCUACGGAAUGUACUACUGAUACACCGUCGAUGGGACGACCGUCACCACCUCCAAUUGUUACAGGCAAAUACAUUCCCCGAUACCUUCGAAAUCGGAGUGCUGCAGAGCCAACUUCUCCACCAUCUAUCCCAGUUGAUUUGUGUUCACCACCAGAUCCAGCACCUACUCCUACCGCCAGCCGUUGGGUGCCUCGCCACCAACGUGAAGGGUACGCCGAGAUGCAGCCUAUCGAGUCGUUCUCGAUCAACUCUCGAGACUCCUUUCAUGAGACUUUCCACGAGGAUAGUUCGAGCUAUUCUACCGGCGAUGAUGUUCAUGGCGUGACAUCACUGUUAGGGGUGCGAUCAUCGAUGGAAGAUAUCUGCUGUUGCAUCCCAGACCUUAAUGCGCAAUUGACGGGCGACCAAUCUCGACAUCAAAGGCAAUCAUUUUAUGCUUUGUUUGAUGGCCAUAGUGGUGUAAGGGCUGCAUCUUUCUCAAAUCAACGCCUGGUGCCUUAUUUAACUGCACAUGAAGCUUUCAUGGUUGACACACACCUAGCGUUUAGGGAGUGCUUUGCGCGGAUCGACAAAGAGUUCUUGCAAAAGGCCGAGGACGAGAGUCUGGAUGAUGGCACUACAGCAGCGGUGGUGUUGAUUCGGGGAAAUCGCCUUAUUACUGCGAACAUAGGAGACAGCAGAGCGGUUGUGAGCAUUGGUGGUCAAGCACUGGAUAUUAUUGAAGAGCAGACACCUGGACGUGCAGAUGAGCGAAAGAGGAUUGAGGAGCAAGGAGGCUGGGUGAAUGAGGAGCGCGAGCUGCAGCUGUCCAAGCUGCAUUGCAUGGAUUUGAGUGACCCCGAAAUUCAGCAGAGGGCCGAGCGAGUCGUAAAAUGGAUGACAAUCUACCGAGUGAACGGCGAGUUGGCCGUUUCUCGCGCUAUUGGCGAUAUCGAUUAUAAGGGUGAGGCAUUGUCGCGAUAUGAGUACUGGGCGUUUCCCGAGGGCCACGACCGUAUGUUUCGCGGUGAUUUGGUCAUCUCGGUGCCCGAAUGUCAGGAGAUCGAGAUUACGCCCGAAUUUGACUUCCUCAUUCUCGCAUGUGACGGGCUUUGGGACACAAUCAAGAGCAAGGAAGCUGUGAAAUACGUCGCCGAUAGGCUAAGCCAAGGUUACUCUGCAAAGCAAGCAAGCCAGUCGCUGGCAAACUUGGCCAUUCGGUCCGGUUCAUCCGACAACGUUUCCGUGGUUAUAGUGCUGCUCAACACGGAGCAACUGCCUCGCGAUAUAAAUGCAUUCUCUAGGGAGUGA